AAUGUUAUUGGUUUACAUUACUAACUGUGUUUGAAAACGAAAACAAGAUUGUAAUAAUUUUUUUCUCGAAAGUAGUUGUUUGGUUCAAAGAGCAAGAACUAUUAUGUUUUUAAAAUGAAGAACUAUUUGAUGGUUGUCAAAAAUAUGCGUCUUUUAGUACGAAUAAAUCAAGAAUGUUAACAAUAGAAAAUAAAUGUUUUAAAAAUAUACGUAGAAAAUAUGAUAUUCAUGUGUAUGCCAAAUCCUAAAAAUGAAUUUUAAUUCAAAUAAUGUUAUUCAAAAUUGUCGCAGUAUUUUGAAUGAUCGAGCUCUAAGCCUAUACAACUUUGCACAAAGGUAAGAUUCUUUUGGUAGAAAAUACUUUUAAAAGACGAUACACGUAUCUAAUUAUCAGAGAACAGACUGCUAGAUGAAAAUGAACCAUAGAAGAUAUAUACAAUCUAUUUAUGACUUUAAGAAAUCACUCAUGAUUAUUAGCAGUGACGAUGCCUUUUUUAGAAGUAAUGAGCUUCCCUCCAGUACUUGGGUUGCUUGCUGUGUUGUUCCGAAAUAUCCAAUCUCAAGUCCAUACGGCACGACUAAUAUUCACGUCGAUACACUCUGUUGUGAACCGUCGGUUGCCAAUAUUCCGAAACUGCUGAAUAUGAAUGUAGCCCAAAUGCAACCGUGUAUCAAUGUUCAAACUGGCUAUGUAGAAUACGUGGCAACACCUAGCGAUGAUGUCAUUCAAAAAAUUAAGAAUACUGUCUUGAACAAAAUUAGACCACUGGUACCACAGCAAGAAAUUGCCAUUUUAUCUUGUUGUUUACCCUCAAUUAUUCAACAAAUCCUGUGUAAAUCUCCGUGGUUGACACCAAAUGACGUUAUUGAAUGGCUAGCCGCUGAUCUUUUAAAAGAAGCUAAAAAUUAUCUUAAACAUGGACAACUUGGAUCUAAUGAUGGUGAUUACAAGAAACACAGAGAUGAACCACCAGAUGGCAAAAAAGACUUAUUUGGAGAUAGAAGGAAUGAUGACACUCAAGAUGGUUUUACUCAAAGAGAGGAAGACAUUGAUCGCCAAGGAAGCCCAUAUCAAGGACGUUCUCCACUUGGCUAUUCUCCAUCCGCUGCAGAUAAUGAGGAUGGCAUGGAUGACGCUGAUGAACGCUCUGACAGUCGAAUUGGACGUGAUGGCGACGAUUUCAGUGCUAAUGAUGUCGGUAAUGGACAUGGUUUUGAUGAAUCAGACCGUCGUGGGAGUCGUAGUAUUCUGUCAAAGAAAAAGGAUCUCAAAGGUGGCGGCAAAACUCGAUCCAAGUCCUAUGGACGAUUACAUGGACGGGACGAUCAUUUGGGUAAAAAAUCUUCUCGGAUUAUGGGACAAAUGGACGGUGAAAAUGGCUAUAAAAAUCACAUUAUGAGAAACUCUCGUAGUAAGUAG